CUGGCGGAGACGCCGCGGCGCAAGGCGGGCGCUCUCUCCUACGCCAACACGAAGAACUUGCCCGAGGCUGAGAUCCACAGGCGCGCGGCGCAGCUGAUCCAGGACCGGUUCGUGCACGCGGACGCGGUGAUGCGCUGCUUCGGCCCCGCCAUCCUCUGCCGCUCCGGCGGCGACCCGUCCGACUUUGGCGACGUCAACUUCCCGGAGCUCAACACGCAGUCCAAGUUUCUGGUCCUCGCCGACACCUCCACGCCGCAGCAAGUCUCCCGCUUCGUCGAAAAGUUCUGGGGCCUCGAGAAGCCCGAGAUCAUCAUCUCGGUCACCGGCUCCGCACUCGACUUUGAGCUGCACCCGAUCCUGCAGCGCGCCUUCGACAAGGGCCUCACCGCCGCCGCCUCCGCCGCUAACGCGUGGGUGAUCACUGGCGGCACGGACACCGGCGUCAUGAAGCUGGUCGCCUCCUCCCUCUCCUCCUCCGGCGUCUCAAUGCCCAUCCUCGGCUUCUCGCCCUUCGGGGCGAUCAACGAGAGGGAGAAGCUCGAGCGCGUCUACGGCGGAGCGUCCACCAUGGUCUCGACCAAGGCGACCAAGGACGGCGCGCCGCUGAACGCGCACCACACGCACUUUUUGCUCGUCGACUCGGGCAAGCACGGCGUCAAGGCGUGGGGGACAGAGAUCAACCUGCGCGUCGCCUUCGAGUCCUUCUACCUCGAGCGAAAGUCGGUGCCGAUGGUGCUGCUGGUGGUGCAGGGAGGGCCUGGCACGCUGGCCACCGUCCUCGAGACCGCAAAGAAGGGGUCGCCGAUCGUGGUUGUGGCGGACUCUGGCGGCGCCGCAACCGCAAUCAAGCAGUACAUCGAGGGCGACGGCGAGGGGUCGCUCUCCAACUGGACCUCGCCGCACGGCAAGGUGGAAGACCUCGCCGUCAAGUUCGGGACGGAGAAGCCUCUCGGACAGCUACGAGAGAUCCGAAAGUGCAACGAGGAGAGCGGCGGCAAGCUCAUCACCCUCUUCCAGGUGAACAACGAUGGGGUGCUCGAGGCGACCGAGGACAUGUCCAACGUCCUCCUGCAGGCGAUCGUGCGGCUGUGGGUGGCGGGAGGAGGCGACUCGGCCGGCCGCAUCACGCCGCCGGACCGACCCGGCACGCCCUCGAGCCUCGCCCAGCCAGCCUUGGCGCUGCAGGAGUCGAACGCAUCACUGUCGAGCCAGUCCAUGGCUUCGCCCGAGUCGUCAGCGCUCGGGAUAGCGCCCGAGUCGUCAACGCUCGGGACAGCGGCGGACCCGCUGCAGCAUGCGCAGCGGCGGCGGCGGAUGCGCGCGAUCCAGCUCGCGGUAAAGUGGAACCGGCCUCUCGUGGUGGAGGAGAUCUUCAGCGAAGCAGCACCGCCCGAAGGGGGCAGGGCAGUCGCGCUGCAGUACGCGCUCGAGCUGCGCCGCUACGACGUGAUCCGGCUGCUCAUGGGCUACCAGGGGUUCUCGCUGCAGUUCGUCAACUUGUGCAAGCUCUACUUGGUGCCGAACGACGGGUUCCUCGACAGCGACGAGAAGCUGCAGAAGGAGCUUCUCACCAACCAGGGCCGGAUCCGAGACACGACGCACUCGCCUCGCCGCUCGUACGAGUGCUUCCAGGACGUGAUUGGCAUCUGGCUCAAGAACAUCGACAAGGCGGAGGGGCGGCCCGGCGUGCUCUCGCUCUCCGCCUUCGCCGAGACCGCGCCGCACUUCGCGCACCUCUUCACGUGGUCUGUUUUUCUGGGCGAGUACUCGAUUGCAGACCUCUUUUGGCGCGAGUGCGACGACCCCGCACGCGUCGCUCUGCUGGGCUCGCACCAGUGCCUGCUGAUUGGGAACAAGAUGGUGACCUCGAAGUCCAGGCUCGAGGAGCAAGCGGAGCGGUACGAGCAGGUGGCUGUCGACGUCAUCAACGCCGCAGACUCCCAGACGGACGCCUUUGCGGUGCUGGAGCACAAGGAGGGUCGCUUCUCGCUGCUCGACUUGGCGCUGCAGCUGGAGAUGAAGCGCUUCCUCGCGCACCGGCACUGCCAGGCGCUGCUCGACCGGAUGUGGAACGGGAGGCACGCCGGCUCGUCAGUCGAGCUUCCAGAGAACAUCUCGAUGACGGCGCUGCUGUGGCGGGCCACGAUGCCGCUGACGAACCCGCACUACACAGCAAAGGCGCGCUCGCUCUACCAGAAGAAGACGCAGGACGAGGCGUCGAAGAAGGCGAACGCGUGCCUCGAGGGCGGAGAUAUGGGGAGAUGA